UUCAUGUGAGGGGACUGUGUUUUGGAACUCAUUGGUCUUGUCAUUCUCUGAUGUCGAUGUCCCCUAACAGCAGGAGUAUGGCCAAACCCGUGGUGUUUCUGUUGCUUUUAGGGAUGAUCUACACUACAGAUGGGACUUCAUGUGACAUCUGUACCACCACCUAUGAAUCAAGUAUAGCAAGCGCUUCGGAUUCGCAGAAAUGCAUAGCAGCGAAGAGUUACCUUGCCUGUCUGGCGGGUGCAACAGAGGAAGCAGGCUGUGACAAGAGGGCUGAGAAAAUGAAAGUUGCCCAGGACGAGGUGACCAGAGUGAACGCCCUCUCAAGCGAGACAUGUGUACUGACAGACAGCUGCGAAUGUCAAACGACCUUCUACAUGUCAAAUCUCAGAGAUCAAGUGUCCAAUUGCUAUGCAAGCGUGGUUCAAGAUCUCUGCGCCAUCUCAGCAUCUGGUCUAGCGUGUGAUGACGUCACCACCAAUGCUGUCUACUCGGUCUCUACCUCCAGUACAUGGGUCAACGCAUGCUCGGGUCAAGAGUCCCUCCGAGGUUUGUCCCUAAGGGUCGCCAUUCUUGUAGCAACUGUCGCUGCACUUAUCAACGCUCAGUAGCACUCAUGACGUCAUCGAAUGUCAGGAUCCGGUCCCUUUGACGAAUGACGUGUUCUAAAAAAAGUUCUGUGAUGUAUUUUAGGGAUCAAAUCUCGAUAUGCAACGAUCUUUAGAUGUAACCUAUCCUUUUACUAGUUUCACUUUUCAUUCAAUUGAUGCGAUCAACAUAUUUUCAAACAAGGUCCAGCUAUAUCGGAAUGCUUCACUUCCUGAACCGUUUCUAGUAUCUAGGUGUAUCGUUAUUUAUUAGUGCACCAUGCAACUACGAACUGUAUACAACAUAUUUUUGCUUAAAAGUGAAGAGCUUAAAGUGGUUCCAUUGAUUUACUGUUAUUGAGAAUUAUGCCUUAUGACAUUAAUAAUGGUAAAUACCAUACUUCCGCGUUGUCAAUGAACACUGUAUUUAGCAAUGAAUGAUACUCAUUUUAAUACAUAGCCUUGACAUUGUUAUUCUUGAGCUUUGAAGGAAAAUAAAUCAAAAGAAACACCAAUAUAUAUUUAAAAAACAUGUGAUUUCUGUGGUCUUUGAGAAUAAAACUGUGAUAAAUUGA